AAUUUUCAGUUAUGAAAGACAUCCAUGGAGCAGAUUUGAACGAGAAUUUAUGUUGUUCGUUGUGCAAAUCGUAUUUGAUUGAUGCAGUGACGCUUACCGAAUGUCUUCACUCCUAUUGUCGAGCUUGUUUGUUAGGUAACAUCGAGAAAGCUGAAGUGUAUCAUUGUACAAAGUGUGCCGCAUCAUUCGGUAGAGAUCUUUCUGAGGCUUUCGUGCGUGAUGACACGCUGCAAAAACUGGUCUACAAAAUGGUGCCAGAAGUUUACUGGCAAGAGCUGCUUCAACGUGGUGAAUUUCUCAAGAAGCGAAUCGUUUCACCGGAUGAGAAAGCAACAAUUCUUGAUAAGAAGCUUAUGCAACUCGCGUCAGAACUGUGUGCUCCAAAUGAGAUGGUUUCAUUAUGCUUAGAAUAUAUAUCACCGGGUAUAUCAGAUAAUGACACCGGUGAAGAUAAUAAUGAUAAGGAAGCAGUAAAUGCGUCAAGAUUGCUCGAUGACAACAAGCCGUCAACAGUUGCAGAAGCUGAUCGUUUAGAGAAGCAGGAAGCAAUGUUGACCACAUUCAGAAGAUAUUUUCGUUGUCAAGCAUCGACAAGAAUUAGUGCAUUGCGGAAAUUACUGGAGGCGAAGUUGGAGGUUUCCGAUACUUAUCGAUUAUUUUUUGUUGACAGUGACUGCAAUGUGAUGUUGGAUGAUCAAUGCACACUACAGGAUAUUGCUUAUAUGUUUUCAUGGCGACGUCUGGGACCAAUGAAAGUUCUUUUUACCUUACAGCGACAUCUCGAAGAAGAAAAGCCACCAGUGUUAGAUAUGGAAUUCAUGCCGGAACUGGUUGCUGAAGAACCCCUUUCACAAGGAAAUGCUGCAGUCACAGCUGCAAUUGAAACUCCUGUACAGUUGCCAGCAUUAACUGUUUCACUAAAUACUUCAAUGAUGGAAGGUGGACCGAAUCACCAACCUAUCAUCACCACUGAGGUGCAUCCACCACCCAGGAAAAAGAGGAAGUCUACCGCACCAACAAAGAAACAAGUUGGAUCUCCAAUUCCUGUGCAGCGCAUGACCGGUGUCUCACCACUCGCAAAAGGACCUCCUCCGUUAGUGCGGCUUGAGAACACAGGUUUAGGCAAGAAAUCCAGCAGCAGUGGGCGUACAAAAUCUACUGAAAAAACCUCUACAAAAACACCAUCUCAUGAAGAUACGCCAGCUACAAAGCAAGCGAAGCUAAUGCCAACAUCUUUUGAUAACAAAUUACAACAAAUUAUUGAUUCUUCUCCAAGUCGUUCGGCAAAGAUUUCUAAGGGAUCCAGGGCAAAGACAUUACCAAAAGCAGCGUCUUCUGGUGCUACUGAAUCGUCAUCUCAACUUGUGUCGAACGAUAAGUCUGUAGAUUCAAGUAAUAAAACUGGAAAUACCAACUGUAGUUUGCAGUCUGGGAAGUUAAUAUCCACUGAUGGUAUCAAGACAGAAUCGAGUUCAUCCAGUGUGAAAACUGAAAAUGUUACAACCAAGGAGAAAACUUUUAGUAAAUUACAUACAAUUUCGAAAAUCACAGAAAAUACCACAGUGAUUACUACUAUUUCUACUCCGACAAGUACAACGGCAACAACAACAACAACAAUCAGUCAUCCAAGACCAAUACAGCCGCGUCCACUGGAGAUGAAAACUAAUUAUGAGGCUUUAGUGAAAAGUUAUGGCUUAAACGGAAUGGGAAAUAAGCUUUCCUCUUUUCCUCUAGACGGAAAGCACGUUGGGUUCAGUCCACCGUUACACAUGCAACCACCACUAUUUAUGGAUCCAAAAAUUGCUGCACAACCAAUUAAACAUAUUCUUUCUGGACGGGGUAUGCCCAUUGUGCCUGAAACUACUCCUUAUUUAAGGAAUCCAGCUUUGGCAAAUUUCAUGCAUCACCUGCAUAUGCAACCACCUCCAAUUCCCGGACUUACUGGUACCACUACUCCACCUCUUCCCUCUCACAACAAUGGUUCACCAUCGUCGUGUUCGUCAUCUAAUCAACUUGCAUCAACACAUAGUCCUCCAAUCAGUAAUGUUCCUUCAAAAAGUUCUCAGCAGCAGCAACUCAAACAUCCCACAGCAGUGCCUCUUCCACCAACAGUUACUAAUUCAGGCGGUAACAGCAAUAAAUUGUUAAACAGCAGCGGUAGCAGCAGCAGAGCAUCUUCACCAGCUGCUAAAUUGCAACAAAAAAUUGCUUCACCGAUUCCAAUUCCGACUGCUCACAUAACACCCUUUAUGAGCCACAGUUAA